UACGAAAACCGUGCAUAUCAAACUGACGAGAAAAAUCCAUAUGAAGUUUUGGAAAACGAGGAUGCCGAAAGAUACAUUUCGAUAAAGAAUAUUAAAGCAACACCAAAAGACUUCGGGAGAGACGUGGAAGAAAAACCUCAAAAAUCGAAGAUCUCUGCAAAUAGAGCUUGUAUUAUUUUCGUGAUAUUCCUCGGGUUUGUGUCCACUGUGGGUUUUGUGACGAUGACUUUAUUAUUCCUUCGGGAAAAGAAUAAAAAUGACGAGUUCCUUGAUUCAUCGGGAAAAGUAACAUUACAGUAUUUGAUCAAGGAUAAACUCUGCCUGGACGAAAAAUCAAAUUUACUGAGAACCAACAACCCUUUGGGGAGCAGAGGGCGCAGUUUUCUUGUAAGCUUUAUCCAGAAUCAUAUUGAAGUAAAUGAAACAAAUAGAAAGAUACUUGUUUCAUCCGAAAAUGAUUUCAACAUGACGGUCACACUUUCUGAUAGUCGAAGUCCAAAUUUAUUGACCACAAGCACACACAGAACUGAAAAUAGGACAUUGAAAAAAAUAAGUGUUCAUUAUUCGAUGAUUCCCGCUUAUUCGUUGAUAGAAUCUAAGGCUAUUCGUAUUACAACAUCAGCGUUGACGACUGUAUUAAUAUUAGACGAAGGUGAAUACACAUCUGACAGUACCAUAGUUUUCCCCAUAGACAAGCUAUCAAAAUACUACAUUAUUUCAACAGCACCGCCUACAGGGGAAUUUCUGGACAGCGGAAGUCAUUUUACGAUCGCUGCAACCACAGACAACACGCAUAUCAGUAUAGUCUUUGCUAUCGAUCACAAUACCUCAAUUUCUCUUCAUGACAAAGAAUUUGGUAAUGGUGAUACUUUUACGGUAAUCUUAAAUAAUUUUCAAACGUUUCAAAUUGGACAACAUGCAGAUUUGUCAGGAACAACGAUAAAUUCUUCUCAGCCCAUUGCCGUGUUUGUAGGAAACAGAUGUAAUAAUAUAGGAUAUCACGGAGCAUGCAGCAUACAGAUGGAAAUGAUUCCGCCAGUUGACGAAUUCGAUGACGUUUUUAUCGUUCCACCAAACAUAAAUAGAUACCAAUCACUUAUAAGAAUAAUUGCACCCUUUCAAACAAAAGUUACAUACACUUUCGGUGGAAUGGAAACUACAACUACGCUGUUAAAAAGUCGUUAUACGGAUUUCACCACUCGUGAAAACGAAAUAAGCCUCAUACAAUCUGCCAAACCCGUUUUAGUAAAUGUUUUUGCCGCUGGUGCAACCAACUCUCAAGUCUAUGGUGACCCUUACAUGAUGACUGUUCCAGGAAUAAACCAGUAUCUCAAUCAGUAUAUUGUUGAUGUACCAGAAGGAUAUAAUUUUAGUUUUGCCACAUUCAUAAUCAGGAAUGAAUCGUUAUUUAACCUCCAAAUAAAUAACACUCGCAUCGAUAAUUACGCCACAGUGUUCCAUUCCACGAUAACUGUUGGACCAUUUCUAUUUGGCGUGAUGACAGUAAACGUACCUAGUGGCGUGAUUCAAGUGGAAUCAACAGACGGUUCGUUGUUCGGGAUGCUUAUCUAUGGACAGAGGAGGUUUGACGGUCAUGGUUAUGCGGCAAAUGCUCUGUUGACAAGUAUUUGCAGAAAAUAGCAAUCUUGGAUAUCCUGAAACAAGCGAUUUUUAUUUUAACAUUUAUGUCUAAAGAGUAGAAUUUGGACACCCAGACACAUUACGCAUUAUGUACAGUACCUGGCCAUAAAUGAGUCAUAAUUUUAU